AUGGCUCCUCUCACUAGGUCUGCGGCGUCUGGCAGCACUGCGACGAUGCGGACGCAGGCUCCGCCCAAGGAACCUGAAAUCAUCAGCAUUGACGAGGACGACGAGGAUGACCAGCCCAUGGAGGACGAUGAGUCCUAUGAGCAUGAGCAAGGGUUUGAAGAUGAGGAUGAGGCGAUGGAUGACGAAAUGGGCAAUGAGAUGGACGGUGUCAAUGGCAAUGAUUCGGAGAAUGGCUCCGCGAUUCCUAUGCUGGAGCCCAAUCUGAAAUCCGUCAUGGGCUUUACAAGCAGGGUGCAAGAUUCCCCCAAGCUAUUUACCGAGACAAGCACGGCCUCCAACGCCCACGAAAUGCUGCGCCCCCUUCGCAGCACCGCCGAUCGCGUCACGCGCCAGAUCGAAGCCUUCGCCGAGAAGCUGGAUCAGUUCAAGCGGAAGAACACCACCGACGAGUUCCAAAGCGUGCAGGCAGCCUACAAGCUCGUGGAGAGCUACCGGGAUCUCGCACAGAACGCCAUCAACGAGCUUAAUAGACAACAAACCCUGAAGAAAGCUAAAUCUGGUUUCCGGUCAAGUGCUGCCAACGAUGACUCUAAGGCGAGCGCUGAUGUGCGCCGCUUGCAGCUGCAGGUCGACACUUGGCGCCUGCUCCUCAACCUCAUCAGCAUUGACGACCCGGCCAGCCGCGCCAGCUUCAAGGAGGGGCAACAAGAGGCCUUCCAAAAUCUUCACCGAUAUUCGACCGAUCGUGAAAUUUGGGAGGAGUUUUUGAAUGCGGACCAGUACGCGCUCGAGUGUGUAGUCUCCAUGCGAUGGCUGGAGGAGACCGCCAAGGCAGGACCGCAGGACCUUGAUAAGCUGAUCAAAGACAUGGAGGAUCAGGCUGACAGAGGCCAGGGUCUGUGGGCGCAUGGUUGGCUGUUCACCAAGGAGGCGAUCAAGGGUCACAAGCGACUGCGCGUUUGGCCUCAACCUUUGGAACCGAAUGAUCCGGGCAUCUCUCGCUCUCUGUUGAGCAACGACACACAGACCCCCUUGAUUACACAGUUGGACCCCGAUGCUCUUACGCGGCAAAAGCAUAGCUUGCAGAAGCAGGACGCAUUCUAUGAGCGCGCUACGUGGAUGGCCUGCUGGAAGAUGCUCCGCCAAGGCGAAAACUGGACCACGAUUCGCGAAUGGGCCCAGAGUCGCCUCGAGAAUUGGAGAGCCGUUAGUCUGUGUGGUUCCAGCGUGGAUGCGCCUACUGCCAACACACGGACACCGGCCGAUGAUGGCUUGACCCGCCUGAUGAACAGUCGCGCCCAGGAUUCGUGGCGUGCUGCUUGCCACGCGUUGAGCAAAGAUCCAAACACAAAUGACUUUGAGAAAGCAGUUUAUGCGCUUCUCUGCGGCGAAACCGACCCAGCGGCGAAGAUUUGCAAGACCUGGGACGACUAUCUCUACGUGUACUUCAACCGCAUCGUUCUCUCGCGAUACCAGGGAUUCUGCAAGCAGUUCCAGCGCAAGCUAAGCCAUUCUCCGAAUACCCCGGUUGCGUUCAAGCCGGAGCCUGCCGGACAUGCGGAUUUGCAAAAGUUUUUCCAGUAUUUGCGCGGUAACGAACAAGUGAACGCCGAGGCACGCGAGCCGUUCCGCAACAUUCAAGCUGCUAUCCUGAGCAAGAGCUACGAUACCUUCUUCCACCAGCUUUCCCAAGCAGUCUCCCAGGUCGGUAUCAAGAGGCUUGGAAAAUCCUCUUUCAUUCCGGAAGUGGCGGCUUCUCGUGUGGAGGAGCCAUUGAUCAUCACUGCUGAAGACCAUGAGGCCUUGCAGAUGGCGACUCACAUUUACGUGAUCGUCAACUCGAUCGGAUAUGCACGCGCGGAUAGUCACUUCCAGGAGGCAGCUUCUGUCGUUGUAGUUGGUUACAUUGCGGAUCUGCAGGAUAAGGGCUUGUCUGACCUGAUCCCGUCGUAUGCUGCUCUUCUACCCACCGAGAUGUGCCACACUGUCCUAUCGAAGAUCCUGGUUGAUAUCAUUGACCUCAAGGACCGAAAGCACCAGAUUCGUGCCACGCAGAAGCAUGGCAUUGACAUCAACGCUGUCCUCGACGCCCAGUGGUCCUGGCUCAGCGCCGGUGUUUCCUCAAUUGAGCACUCGGCAGGUCUAACUGGAUACUCCCGGGUGAGAAGGCUAGCGGAUGGUACUCGUGUCUUAAUGCCGCCCAAAAAGGACCUGAUUGGGACGACUGUUGCGGACGAGGAUGAGAAGAUGAUUCGCAGUCUAGAGUGGCUCCGCUGCGCGGGUGGCCAGUGGUCUAAGAUUUGCAACCGUGGAGCCUGGUUGUACCGCAAAUUCUUUGUCACUGGUAAGCUUGCCGCCGCCCGCGAGCUAGGGCAUCGCAUGCGCAUGUCGGAGGUUUCCCACGAAACAUUCAAUGUGGAUGUCUUUGAAUUCCCUGAUUUGGCUCCAUCCCUGGUGGAGGACACCCCCUUGAGCCCGAGCAAGUCCAAGCGGAGCCACGCCCACCGGCGGAGCCUGUCUGGCAGCAAUGGCACUAUCACCAGUGCUCACCAUUCUGCGUAUCAACAAGCUGUUCGGAUGUGGAAUCUCGAAACAUUGGCCCUCGGCUUUGAUGCCCUUGAGCAGUUCGCCAUUGUGUACGAUCAGACGUCGAAGAUCAAACGCCGGCGCGACUCUGGCACUGUCCGGGACUUCCUUGCCGAACUUGAGGCCCUCCUGCAGGAAAUCGAAGACAGCGUGGGACUGAUCGUUGAUGAGUGGCUUGUCAAAUCGGAGCAUGCGGAUGAAGAACGAGACUACGAGCACAUUCGCCGGACCUAUCUCCCUGAAUUAAUCCUCGACUACCACAACGCCUUGUACUACGCCAGCCAUUCCCUCGACAAGCCCAAUCUGCUCACGCAGUGUAUGACCGUGUCCAUCUGGGUGGCCAACACGGCCCACUUGGCACGCAGCUUCACCGAGGCGCAGCGCAUGUCGGAGCUUGUGGACUGCCUCGCCUUGGCAAGCAAGGCGAUGGUGCUAACCGAUCCCAAGAAUGACCGUACUUUCGACAACGGACAGACUUUGGGCAUUUGGCGGGUCGACAUUCCUGAGGAUGAUGAGGCUGCGCUUCUCCAGAAUAGGAAAUAG